UUCCCUCGAGCGGAGGUACGAAGGUGGUGAUUUGUACUUCGCUUAUCUUUUUGCAUUCACGUAUUUUCGAUAAGGAUUUUAAAUAUUUUGAAAUUGCACAUAACGGUUGUGUAGAACGAAAUCAUGUCCAGCGAGAAAAGGAUAGAUAUCACUCAGCCUCUAUGGGACCAGAGCACAUUUGCAGGCAGAUUUAGGCAUUUUGCUUUUAUUUCCAACCCUUUGCUAUCUUUGGUGCCGGAGAAGGAACUCUAUGAGGCAAAGGAGCUGUAUUUUAGUUAUAAAGAAGGCAAAGAGCCCACGGGCACUCCUAUGACCCAAGUGGUGAGGGCCAAACAGCUUUACGAGUCUGCCUUUCACCCCGACAGUGGCGAGUUACAGAAUGUGUUUGGGAGAAUGUCCUUCCAGAUGCCCGGCGGCUGUCUCAUCACCGGCGCGAUGUUACAAUGGUAUAGAACCACGACCGCAGUGGUGUUCUGGCAGUGGGUCAACCAGUCGUUCAACGCGUUGGUCAACUACACCAACCGAAACGCCGCAUCGCCGCUGAGCACAACGCAAAUGGGCGUGGCUUAUGUAUCAGCUACUUCCGCUGCAAUGAUCACUGCCUUCACAUUCAAAUUUGGAAUACAGAAACGCGCCACCAGCCCCAUUCUAGCGAGAUUCGUGCCGUUCGCAGCUGUUGCGGCCGCCAACUGGGUCAACAUUCCACUGAUGAGGCAAAACGAAAUUUUACUAGGUUUAGAUGUUACGGACGAGAACGGUAAAAUAAUUGGCAAAUCGCAACUAGCUCCCGUCAAAGGAAUAUCGCAAGUGGUCACUUCUAGGAUAGUGAUGUGCGCUCCGGGAAUGCUUUUGCUGCCGGUGAUCAUGGAGAGACUGGAACCCAAAGCUUGGAUGCAGAGGAUAAAGUGGGCUCACAUUGGCAUACAGACAGGCAUCGUCGGGUUAUUCCUCACAUUCAUGGUGCCGACAGCUUGUGCGAUAUUCCCACAAAAAUGUAAACUAUCCAUCGAAACAAUACAGCGCUUCGAAAAGGACAGAUAUGAAGAAAUACUUAAGAACACCGACGGGAAACCCCCGGAAUACGUUUACUUCAACAAGGGAUUGUAAACAUGUUAAUUAGUGUGGCAUUAGGUAAACAAAUAGUCUUAGUGUGGUCAGAGAGAUGUUAUUACCUUUAGAAGUAUAGAUCCCAAUGUAUGAGACGGCCGAUUGGCGCAGCGACCCUGCUUUCUGAGCCCAAGGCUGUGGGUUCGAUUCCCACAAC